AUGAUUGAACCAUUCCGCAUCGAUAUUCCACAGUCAGCACUUGAUGAUCCGAAAUAUCACCUCGAAUGGACACGUUGGCCUGAUCGAGAAACAGUCGAUGAUUGGAAACAAGGUGUACCUCUCGAAAAGGCUAAAUCGCUCGUCGACUACUGGCGUCUGUACUACGAUUGGCGUCGCUUUGAAAAUCGAGCAACAACUGAUGGUAUAAGAACAUGGCAAUGCACUACCAAUCAUAUUUACCCAUAUGGAAGGCCUGGUUCGUUCAUUGAAUUUCUUCGCGUCAUUCCACGCCUCACGAACCCUACGACAUUUGGAGGCAAGGCUGAAGAUGCUUUCCAUAUUGUUGUACCAUCAAUUCCAGGUUACGGAUUUAGUGACAAACCAAAAGAAACCGAAUGGCACACGGCACGUAUUGCGAGAGCAUGGGUAAUACUUAUGCAACGUUUGGGUUAUCAAAAAUGGAUUGCUCAAGGUGGUGAUUGGGGAACUGAUAUAGCAAUAAUACUGGGCUCUAUACGUCCUAUAGGGCUUCUCGGUAUUCAUCUCAACUUCCAAUACGUUUUCCCGGACGAUCAAUCCGAUAACUUCUCGCCUGGUGAACAACGAGCGAUAGACAUAGCGAGCCACUAUCUCUCCGAUGGAUGGGAGUUUUUUUCAGUAACAAAGUACACGACUUCAAACGAUUGGGUAUGGAUUGUGACUCGUCUGUUGCUCUCGCUAUGUAUAUUUACGAGAAAUUCUAUGAAUGGACCGAUAACAAGGACGAGCCUGUACAUGCAGUCAAGAUCGAUGACAUACUUGAUAACAUCAUUUUCUACUGGUUGGCCAACACUGGUACUUCUGCAGCACGACUCUUCUGAGAAUGUCGUUAGCGGGCCCAUCGCUUUAUUUACCGGUCAUUGCUAG